AUGCAGAAUUUUAUUCUUUAUAUUUUUAUCGUUUUGUAUUGUACAUCAUCUUUAUUAUCAAUUACUCUAAGUCCAUGUGCAAAGUGGAAUAUUACAGCUACCACACUUGCUGGUGGUGGUCUUCCAGGUCAUAAUGCUAGUCAACUUAAUUAUCCUGAUGGUAUUUUUAUUCAUGAAAAAUUGAAACGAUUGUAUAUUUCGGAUUCGUUAAAUAAUCGUGUUCAAGUGUUUCCACUAGAUCAAUCGACAGUAAUAGGUUUAACUGUUAUACCUCACGUAAACACAUGUACUAAAAUUUAUGUUGGAAGUAAUAAUGGCAAUCGUGUCGGAAAAUGGACAAAAGAUUCUACUCAAGGCGCACAAGUAGGCAGCUCUUGCCGUGGUUGUACAGGAGUUUGGUUAGAUCAAGAUAAAAAUGUGUAUAUAUCAGACCAUAAGAGACAUUGUAUAUAUAAAUGGUCACCUUUAACAAAUAUUUCUACAAUAGUUGCCGGUGAAUUAGAUAUGUCUGGGCCAAGAGAAGAUCAUUUAACAGAACCUCGAGGCAUUAUGAUUGGUCAAAUAACUGAUGCAGUGUAUAUAGCCGAUGUAGGAAACCAUCGCAUACAAAAAUGGCCUAAAAACUCUUUAGAAGGUGUUACUGUAGCUGGAUCAAGUGAUGGUACACCAGGCUCUGAUAGCUCAUCUCUAAAUAGUCCACAUGGUCUAUUUGUUGAUGAAGAAACAAAAAUUGUAUAUGUAGCUGAUACAUCGAAUCAUAGAAUUGUACGUUGGCAACAUGGUGAAACUGAAGGUGAUACUAUUGCUGGUGGAAAUGGGAGGGGUAAAGCAAGUAAUCAACUUCACGAUCCAUUUGAUUUAAGUUUUGAUAAUAAUGGAAAUCUUUUUGUAAGUGAUAGUAACAAUCAUCGUGUCCAAUUCUUUAAUUUGAUUGAUAAUCGUCCUUGCCAUGCACCAUCACCAUCCACAACAAUAUCACCAUCAACAACAACAAUUUCAGCAAAUUCCUCAAUACAUAAGUAA